CUCGGACUGAUUGUGAAUAGCAACCAUUAUCGAACAACAUCUGAAGAGAUGCGAGCACGCGAUCGGAUGAUGAAUGAAGAUCCCGAAACGACGUAUACGGCGAUCCGCCGGGCAGCCGAGGUGCACCGAGAAGUGCGUGCGUACGCACGGAAGGUGAUUCAGCCUGGGAUGAGCAUGACCGAGAUAGCAAACACGAUUGAGGAUGCUUCUCGUGCGCUGGUGGAGGAGAAGGGCUUGGAGAGUGGGAUCGGCUUCCCUACCGGCCUGAGCUUAAACCACUGCGCCGCACAUUACACGCCCAAUGCAGGGGAUACCAUCGUGCUCAAACAUGGGGAUAUUAUGAAGGUCGACUUCGGCGUGCACGUGGGCGGUCGUAUUGUUGACUCGGCUUUUACAAUGUCAUGGGCUGACCCGGCAUACGACGAGCUGCUUAAGGCCGCCAAGGACGCUACAAAUACGGGUGUUAGGGAGGCAGGAAUUGACGCGCGCUUAGGCGAGAUCGGUGCUGCUAUCCAGGAGGCGAUGGAGAGCUAUGAGGUAACGAUAGGCACGGACACGAAGCCAGUCAAAUGUAUCGAGAAUCUCAACGGGCACACCAUCACCAAAUACUCUAUCCAUGGUGGCUCGCGGGGCAAAUCUGUGCCUAUCGUCAAGACUGGUGACCAGGCGAAAAUGGAAGAAGGCGAGUACUUUGCAAUCGAGACGUUUGGUUCGACUGGGCGAGGACGCGUCAUUGAGGAAGGGGAAGUAUCGCACUACGCAAAGAUGUACGACCCCGUGCAGCCACUCCGGCUCACGAGUGCGAAAGCCCUGCUCAAGUCCAUCAAUCACAACUUCGGCACACUGCCUUGGUGCAGGCGGUACCUUGAUCGGGUGGGGGAAACGAAGUACCUUCUCGCCCUCAACCACCUCGUCAAUGCCGGCAUCGUGCAGGCUUAUCCACCUUUAUGCGAUAGAAAGGGGUCGAUGACGGCGCAGUUUGAACACACGAUUUUGCUACGCCCGAAUGUGAAAGAGGUUGUCUCUCGAGGUGAUGACUACUGA